GAGCAGUUCCGACCUUAUCCGAGAUACAACUAGGAUUGCUUAUAAGGAAACCCGAAUAUUCUUUCUAAACCUCGCUCUGUUCGGUAACGUCUAUGCAGGGAUGCUUUCCGGCACAACCAGUUCAUUCGUUCACAGGGAUUCCUAUGUACUUCGAGCGGCGAGGACAUGCUAUCGUAGCUUGGCACCACAAUCCGUCAACGAUAUUCUCAGAGCGUUCAUAUCACACCGGACUACGCCAAGUCAUGCCAUAGGAUUUCUGAUCUUACUUGGGUAUGAGCCUAGGUAGCGCAAAUGGCUCUGCUCAGAGUCACAGAAGUCUGUCUACUAGGUAGGUAUGUUAAUGAAGAUGAGAACUCGGCGCCUCAUGACAAAGGGGAUAUCCAAGGUCAUAAACGGUCGCUAAAUAUCCGAGACGAAGAUGAGUUCGCUCGCAUGAGCAUAUGAGUAUUGCCUGCAUAGCUAAAACGGGAGUAUUAAAAUACCGGGUUAUUCGAACCUUGAGAAUCCUUAUCCGUCCCGUAGCAAUUCAAAUACCUUUCCGGUGCUAUAUCGUCGGAAAGAUAUGACACCUAUAGAAUGGUUGUUACUCGAAGCCCCUAUAUCUUUUUGGUAUUCACGUCAGUAAGGACAGCAAGGACACAUUCCUUUCAUGCCCCCCAAAAGAAGAUAAGGCAAAAUAAUAGUUGGAACUAUGAAUAAUCCCGUGGAACAGUUGCUUCUCCAAUUAUAUGCAGAAGUGCUAUCAAUACCCGAAGACCGAAUCAGCCUUGAAGAGUCAUUCAUAGCGUUAGGUGGCGAUUCUUUUAAAGCAAUCAAGCUCAAACGAAAAUGCGAUCGGCUAGGCAUUCGGCUGGCACUCCGGGACAUCUUCGCCCGGAAAACUAUCACUACCAUAGCCGCAGGCCAAAGACUAAUGGAUGACCGGCCGAAGCGGUCUCAAAAGAAGGAAAAGAAGGUACAAGCCACGGGCGUACAUGGGCGCUACCCUAUGAUGCCCCAGGGCUAUUCCUGGGAUACAAUUCUCGAAGAACUCGACCUUCAAGGCCGUAGCUUUGAAGCAUUGAACGAUAUUGUUGAAAAUAUUUACCCUUGCAGUCCUAUGCAGGAGAGUAUAUACGUGGCCAAGGAAACAAGGGGGAAACACCUCUAUCGGAUCCACGCGCUCUUUGAAAUAGGGUCAUCGAUCACAAUUGACGUAUUGGAAUCAUCUUGGCAGUCCAUCAUAGAUCGCCACGAGACUCUUCGUACGGUUUUUGUCCCAUCUACGGACAUUAGCUCUUCAAGAAUACUUGAUGCUGUUGUUUUUAAGACUGCACGCUGUAACUUGGAACGGAUCGAGUGUAAAAAUUACGCGGAUGUAUUUGCCUUCUAUCAAGGGAAUUGUAUCGACCCCCAAGACUUUCCAAAGGGUCCACCUCAUCGACUCACAACGUACCGCAUCGAAGAUGGCCGGUGCUUCUGUGUUUUCGAACAGAGCCAUAUGAUCAGUGAUGGGACUUCACUUAUCAAUACAGUCACAGAGCUUUGCGCUCUAGCAGGAGGUUCGAUCCUCGAUGUUGCACCAGGAUACAGUGGAUUUAUCAAGCACAGACAAGCAGAAAUACACCUAGAUGAAGGCCUUGACUAUUGGAAGUCGUACUUACGUGGUUCGCAGCCUUGCAAUUUUCCCUCACUCUGGGUAGACAGUUCGUUGAUGGCGCCUAGAGCACAAGCACGUUGCCAUGUUGUUGAAUUUCCCUUUUUACGUCACAAAGAACUGGGCGAGUUUUGUGCGAAACUGGAGACUACGGUCUCUACUACUCUUCAAGCAGCAUGGGCACUCCUAUUACGCGCGUACACUGGGAAUGACGAUAUUUACUUUGGCUAUACCUGCUCGGGACGUGAUCUACCGCUAGAUGGUGUCGAGAUGAUCUGUGGUCCACUGGUAAAUCUGGUCAUACGCAAAGUCAUUUUGGCUAAUAGGAGCAUCAGGGACAUGAUCGAAACCAUACAAAGUGACUUCGCCAACUCGUUACCAUUUCAGGAGGUACCAUUCAUGCGCGUCCAACAACUUCUCGAAGCCACAGAGACCAAGCUAUUCAACACAAUUAUGACUAUACAAUAUGCACCUUUACUCGUCGAUGAAAAUGAUGACUUUCCUUUGAAGCUGAUGAACAACUUCAACGCCUCCGAUUUCGGGCUAUCUGUGCAGGUCAUGUAUUCAGACAUUGCCACGAAGAUGCAGCUAACAUAUUCCACGAAUCUUUUGUCCGCGACGAUGGCAGAAAGAGUGACCGAAACCUUCGUUUCAAUAAUCGAGAAUCUUAUAAAUACGGACAAUCUCGAUAGCCCGGUUGGGCAGCUUGAAGUAAUCUGUCCUUCAGACAAGCAGCAAACAAUGGAGUGGAACCAAGAAACCCUGGAUAUACCGUUGUUUCCGGACUCUACAGUGCAUGGUCUAAUUGAAGAAACAGCAACCUGCACACCCGGAGCACCAGCAAUAUACUUCUCUGGGGAGACAUUCAGUUAUGAUGACCUGAACUCUAUGUCAACUCACCUAGCACUCCAAAUGCUUAAGUCCUUGGGCCGUGAACAAUGCUUCGUUCCAUUAUUCUUCGAAAAAUCCGCCUUAUACUCCAUUUCCUUACUGGCGGUCCUAAAAUGUGGUAGAGCUUUUGUGCCUAUAGACAUAUCUAACCCGCUGUCUCGAAUACAACGGCUCCUUGAACAGCUAGGCAUUACUCGAUCUUCCGGUCUAAUUGUCUGUUCUGUGAACCAGUCAGAGAAACUGCUCUCAGCUUACCGGCAUAUCUUAGUGCCUAGCAUUCGAGGGUUACGGGACGAAGUAACUAAAGCAACGGGUGAUAAUUCAUUAGCGCCUUUUCCGAUGGUACAGCCAAGUGAUCCGGCAUAUGUAAUUUUUACUUCCGGAUCUACUGGUGACCCAAAAGGCGUUGUGGUCAGUCACGGGUCCUACGCGCAUGCAGCUCGUGCUCAUGCUGGCGGAAUAAGUAUCGGAACACAAUCUCGGGUGCUGCAAUUUGCGUCGUAUGCAUUCGAUACAAGCAUGGAGGAUCAUUUAACAAGCUUUUCUGCGGGCGCUUGUCUCUGCGUUCCCACGGAACCGGAACGCGAGACGGCUUUAGCUGAAUUUAUCAACCAAUCUGGUGUUAAUUGGGUUCAUAUCACACCUUCUAUGGUUGAUAUGAUCUCCCCGAACACAGUCCCAUUGUUGACGACGGUGGUUCUUGGAGGUGAACCUAUGACCGGUCGUAAUGUGGUUGAAUGGGCAAUCCCUGGCAGACACUUGAUACAGGUCUAUGGACCUUCAGAGUGUUCCGUUACGAGUACAAUCAACCCUGACGUUUCUGUGCAUCGCGACGCCACCAACAUAGGGAAGACGUUUGGCGGCUGUGCGACGUGGAUAACCGAUCCAAACGAUCCCAAUAGUCUUUGUCCUAUUGGGGCUAUCGGAGAGUUGCUAAUGGAGGGUCCUAUCUUGGCGCAGGGUUAUCUACGUCGUGCCUCUGGAACGGAAUCCGUGUUCAUCACCGGUGUUUCCUGGGCACCGGAGAAGAGGCUUUACCGCACCGGGGACAUGGUCCAAUAUGAUAAGCACGGUAAUCUCCACUUCGUGGGAAGGGCGGACAGCAGAGUCAAAAUUCGUGGACAGAGAAUAGAGUGUGGCGAAAUUGAAAGCCAGCUGCUAACACAAAGCUCGGUAUUACACGCAGUCGUCGUCGUCCCCAAGUCGGGACCUGGAGCAGGGCGGUUGAUAGCUACGGUGUCAUUGAAAUCGAGCGAGGAGAAAUCACAUCGUGAACACACACAAAGCGAUAUACAAGUAGCAGCCUUGGAGCCUAAAAAUGUCGCUGAAUUUGCGAAAGCGCUUCACAACUGGCUGGGAGAUCGAUUGCCAGCUUACAUGUUACCAGAUCUUUUUAUCUUUGUCCGCCACAUACCCAUGAACUCUUCAAGAAAAUUAGACCGAAAACGAGUUAUUCGCUACUUGGAACACCUACGCGAAGAGUCUUAUCGAGAUAUCGUCAGCCAGAUGGAUGGACCGAACCAAGACCGGGGUGGUACGGAAUUGGAAUGCUCGCUUAAGAGGAUUUGGUGCCAUGUGCUCAAUGUGUCCGAAAGCACCGUCGAUUGGAACACUUCUUGGUUUUCUUCAGGCAAGUCUCAGGACAUCUACUCACUUUUAGGAGGUGACUCAAUCUCGGCAAUGAUGCUGAGCAGCGAAUUGAGAAAACAGGCCAUCAGCGUCGCAGCAGCUGAUAUUCUUCGACUUCGCAGCAUUGAACGAAUAGCAGCUCAUAUUCAGGGUACGGUGUCUAAUGAUCUAAACGCAGACUUCCGCGACAUUAACCUUAUGAAAACCACCACCGACAUGUCAUGGGAGCUUUCGCCAAUUCAGCAGUUGAGUUUCCAAUUUGCACCCAACGCGGAUUAUUUAGACCAGCAGACGAUGAUCGUUGAUACGGUCUUGAACCUUUCGGAUGACACGAUAAUCGCUGCUCUGGAUGCCCUAGUAACAGCACAUCCGAUGCUGUUAGCUAGGUUCGCACGGGAGUCAUUUGAAGGAAAUUCCGUAUGGACACAACGUGUAGCAUCCACGCCUCCUGCUGGGUCAUCUUUUACUAUUCGGUUUCAUCGAGGCGGAAGCACCGUGGUUAAACUUGGACGUAUUGCUGAGACUAAAUUGGCUAUCAAUGUUGCCGAAGGUCCUAUCAUGGGAGUAGAUGUCUUCCGUUCGACUUCAUCAACUACAAUUUCAGUAAGCAUACAUCACCUAGUCGUGGAUAUGGUCUCAUGGAGAACAAUUUUCCAAGAUCUCGAAGACUUCGUUAAGGGCGAACACCUUAUUCAACCAGAGCCAAUCUCUUUUCAAGCAUGGUGUAAAGUACAACAUAUCUAUUCACAGGGCAUUCAGCAAUCACAAGUUCUCCCUGAAGACCGAUUCCAGGUCAACUUAGAAUAUUGGGCUAUGGAGAAAGUUCCAAAUCUAUUUGGGGACGCCGUUGCAACGAGUUUUAACAUUGAACGGCCUGACAUGGCGAGGCUGUUGGAUUUAUGCGACAAGUUGGAAUAUGAUCAAGUUGAUGUCGUAUGUGCGGCCAUCAUAGGAUCAUUCUCCGAAAUAUUUCAAGCACGCACGUCUCCCGCUGUCUUCGUUGAAGGUCACGGCAGGGAGUCUCCCAGUAAUGCAAUCGAUCUUUCCCGUACAGUUGGUUGGUUCACGACACUCACCCCUGUGGCAAUAAAAGUCCCAGACAAUAAGGAACGGAACACCAGGAUGAUGAUCCUGGAACGGAUCAAAAGGUUCAGAGAAGACACACCGUCAAAGGGUCUCGAUUAUUUUACUUCACGCUUUUUUCAGAAGGAGGGGAUUGAUGCAUAUCGUGAACACCACGCGUCUGCCGAGAUUAUCAUGAACUUCCUAGGGGCUUAUCAGCAAUUUGAGCGUCGGAAUUCUGUCUUUAAACGUUGUGAUGACUCGGAACUUAUCUCGAGUCUUUCGGCAAUGCGUCGAGAGCAGCGGAAGAUAUCCGAGAGGUAUGCUUUGAUCACGAUUGUUGCCGUUGUUGAGGACGGCGCGUUAUCCGUUGAAGUCGAAUGGAAUAGAAAGAUGAACUUUCAAAAUGAACUCUCUUUGUGGCCGUUGAAAAUCAAGGAAAACUUAUUGCUAUUGAUCGAAGACUUGACUCUUCCGUCCACUUCACCCCAUAAAGGAAUUUCCGUGACUCGGCCUGAGCUCACAUGCUUCGGUGUCGACAAGAAGAAGGUCUUAGCAAAGGUCACGAGCUUGGGUCUACCUGUUCAUGAUAUUGAAGGCAUGUACCCAUGCUCACCUAUGCAGGAAGGGUUGAUGGCGAGUCUCCUAAGGGACUCGGAUACGUCUUCAGCAUAUAAUCAAACUUUUCUUUUGAAAUUCGCCCCUGCUGGAGGUAGAGCCGCGGAAAGCGCGCAGCUUAAAGACAUCUGGCUUCGUAUAGUUCGAAAACAUGCGAUUCUACGAACUAUCUUUGUGGAAAACGAUGCUGGAGACUAUGUUCAGGUUGUUCUACGUCACACUAAUCCGGUAGUACUAAUCAAGGGUAAUGUUGAUCAGGAUCAACUCAGGGGUACUUUAUUUGAGUCGGAAAAUCAAUUAUUGAAGUCUCCCCUUGAUGGUGUUCCUUUGCAUCGUCUCGUGGUUUGCGAAACUGCCGAUAAAUCGACGUACAUUCUCCUUACGAAGAGCCAUCUUCUUACGGAUGGUAUGAGCACGCAAAUUUUAAUGCGUGAUUUUGUCAACGGGUAUGACGGAGUUGUCGAGGCGUAUUGGGAUCCGCAAAAUUGCUACCGCGACUACAUUCGGUACGUGAGUAGCCAAGACGCCGAACAGACAAGGAGUUACUGGGCUGCCUACCUCACCGGGGCUGCCACAUGCAACUUUCCCAAACUCCGCCAUACAGAUGAACCUGAGGCCGUAGUGGCAUCGCCACGUUCAAGUGUGUCGUUACAAUUACACGGUCUUGGAAUCGAUUUGCGGCAGUUGUGUCGCUCCCAUGAUCUCACAGCAUCAAAUAUAUUCCAGCUCGCUUGGGUAUUAACCCUAAGGAUCUAUCUGAAUUCAGAGAGCAUCCUCUUUGGAUAUCUAUCGUCAGGUAGAGAUCUCCCAAUUGCUGGCAUACAAGAAGCCGUUGGGCCCGUUGCCAACAUGCUUCCCAUUAGGAGCGAGUUACGCCGAGAUAUGAAAGCCAUCGAUGUGGCUAAGUCAUUACAAGCCGACUAUAUUGAACACCUUUCUCGACAGACACUAUCGCUUACACAGAUACGGCAUGCGGCCCGAUAUAAUAACCAAAGCCCUAACUUUAACACUAUACUCAAUAUUCAGAAGUCAGAGACCGGCGGGCUUAGACCUAAAAAGGAAUUAUCCCAAGUGGAACUUGUGAAAGCAGCAGACACUACCGAGUACGGUCUUGCUUUAACUAUCACAGACAGCGAAGGCGAAUAUGCACUGUCUCUAGAGUAUGACACGAGCUUGGUCUCUUCCCAGCAAGCCGAUGGUAUCGUUUCAGCGUUUGCCAACGCCAUGAGGAGUGUGGUAGCCAACCCAGACUGUCCUGUUGCAGGCAUUAGCCUGGUCGGUGAUGGGGACCUAAAACAGGUCAGGCGCUGGGAUAUCAAUGAACUUCAGACCAGGAAUGAAUGCGUUCACAACCUUUUCCAGAUAACAGCACGUAACAUACCGGGAAAUGAAGCCAUCCACGCAUGGGAUGGGAGCUUAACUUAUGGCGAAUUAGACGUUUUGACCAACAACGUAGCACGAAGAUUGAUCGACCUUUCUAUUCAACCUGAAGAGAUUGUUCCUCUCUGUUUUGAGAAAUCUAUAUGGGGAAUUGUCGCAAUGCUUGGCGUCACAAAAGCAGGAGCUGCGUUCGUCCAUCUUGAUCCCUCAAGCCCCCUUUCUCGAAAACAGAAAAUCAUCGAACUUACUGCGCCUCGGGUGGCAAUCACUUCGAGUCGUAACCAGGUGAUGAUGGAAUCAUUGGUUUCACAAGUCCUUACCGUUAGUAACGAGGCGCUGCCAUCCUAUGGUGUUGAAAUAGGCGAAGUCAAGUGCGAAAUCCCGGAUCGACGCGCAAACCCUUGCAAUGCGCUCUACGUGAUUUUCACCUCUGGGAGCACGGGCGAGCCGAAAGGUGUGGUUGUCGAACAUAGGAAUUACUGCUCAGCCAUGGCAGCAAAUACGACCUGGCUACAGAUCCUCCCGUCGUCACGCGUUCUACAAUUUAGCAGCUUCGUAUUUGAUGCCUCUAUGGAAGAGAUAUUCACCGCUCUGGUCGCCGGUGCCUGUGUUUGUGUACCAUCUGACGACCAUCGAAUGAGCCCGGAGGAACUCUCUUCUUUUAUGCAAUGCGCUCGUGUCAACUGGGCCGCCUUGACACCGUCACUCUUACAAACCCUUAAUCCGGAUAAAUUAAUUCCGCCCUUGAAAUUUAUAACAGUUCAUGCUGAGCCGAUGAACGCGUCGCUGACUAAGCUCUGGAGUCCGAGGGUUCAUAUGCGUCCCAGCUACGGGCCAACCGAAUGUACUGUAACAAGCACCGUUGGCUCGGCUUUUAAUGAAUUCUCGGACUCGUCAAAUAUUGGCUGGCCUGUUGGUUGUCACGGAAGAGUGACCGAUCCACACGACCCUCAACAAUUAGUCCCUAUCGGCGCGGUCGGCGAACUGGUACUCGAAGGGCCUAUUCUCUGUCGCGGCUAUCUGAACAGACUGGCCGAAACAGAAAAAGCAUUUCCAAGUAUCCAAGAUUGGUUCGAUGGAACCCGAAAAAGAGUUUACCGUACCGGGGACCUGGUACGUUACGCUGAGGAUGGGUCCUUACGCAUUCUAGGGCGACGAGAUACGCAGAUCAAAGUUCGCGGACAGCGAGUCGAACUCAGAGAAGUAGAGAGCCAGCUCGAGCUAUCUCCAAGCGUCCGCCAUGGCUUGAUUUUGCAACCAAAGUCUGGACUUCUACAAGGUCGCCUAGUUGCGGUGCUAAGUCUCACACGAUCGUUCCAGACAGUCCCGUCAACCAUCUCACAUGGCGACACGAUUCAACUUUUAAAUAAUUCAGCAACAUUAAGCAAAGUCGAUCAAUCGACUGUAUCAGAACUCUUAAACCGAAUCCUAUCAUUCAUCUCAGCUAAACUUCCAUCCUACAUGAUCCCUCACACCUGGUGUGUAAUGGAAAAUAUGCCAAUUUUGCCUUCUUGUAAGCUCGAUAGAAAGCUGGUGAGCAAUUGGUUAGAAACAAUUGAUGAGCCAACACUACUACUUGCUCGCCAAUUCAUGAGAAGCUCGAGAAGUUCGGGCUCUAGUAUCAGUUCCAGUGCCGAGAAGUUAGUGAGAGAUGCUUGGUCAGAAGUCUUGGCAAUUCCAAGGGAUAUUAUCGAUGCAGAUGAUCAUUUCAUUGCUCUUGGCGGAGACUCGAUAUCAGCAAUGAACGUCUCUCGCUUUUUGAACCAAGCUGGGGUGCCUAUUAAGACACAGGAUGUACUGAGAAGCAAUAGCAUUCGAGAGUUGGCAUCGGUGCUUCCAUCCCGGCAACAGCAGGAUUCUAUUCCCGUAAAGGCGCAGACAAUGGUUCCGGGAAGUGGAUUCGCAAGGCUUCCAUCUGUUGAAGAUGUAAUGUCCGAGUACGGCUCCGACUCAACUAACGACUCCAAGAUCUUGUCCAUCAUUCCCAUUACCCCUUUCCAGCUGAGAACGACUUCAGCUCUCUACACGUCUUCCCAGAGGCCUUAUCUUUACAACUUAGUGGCGGAAAUUUCAGGUUACGAAUUGUUCGAACAGAAUCUUGACCCACAUCGGCUUCUCGAGGCUUGGCGCGCAACAGUGGCACGACAUGACAUUCUCCAUACUGCCAUGGUUCUCGAGAGAGAGGGCAACGACGCGUACCAAGUCAUUUUAGACGAGUCAGCUGCGGCCUGCGAGCUAUAUGAGGUCGCUACAGAGCAAGAUGCUUUGAAUGCGAGUAUCGAGAAGACCAAGCAGAUUAAAACAAGUCUCACCAAGCCAUCCCUGAGGCCGCUUCUAUGGCUCACUAUUUUCACCACGCCAACAAAGCGAGUAUAUGUACAUUUGCUGAUGGGUCAUAUGUUGAUUGAUCAUGUCUCACUCUCACACGUGCUUCAUGACUGGGAUACGUCUUAUCGAGGUCACACAUUGCCUAGGAACCCUUCUCAAUUCAGAACCUAUGUUCACGAUAUAGAAUCGCGCGAUUCUCAGGCUAGUACCGAUUUCUGGACCCAGAGGCUAUACGGAGUAGAACCUACGAUUCUCCCCCCAACACACGAAUUACCUCAGGGCGAUUCGAUCCUUGUCGAGGGUCUAUCCACGAUUAGCUUUAAAGUUGCCAUCGAUGGGAGCAUGCAUCAGUAUUGUCGAGAAAUGCGAGUCACGAUAUCUACGUUGCUCCAAUUCGCUUGGGCAGUGUUACUUGGUGCUCAUACCGGCCAAGAGUCCGUGUGCUUUGGACACCUUACUUCGGAUCGAGAUAUUGAUAUCAAUGACGUCGACGAGAUAGUGGGACCAAUGCUUUCCAUUCUAGUCACACACGUAGUCCUGAGAAAUAGGGGUAGUUCAGUAUCUUUUGUCUCGGAAACUAUUCAAAAAUUGCAGCACGAGAAUACUACCAGUAUGACCCACAAAGUUUUCAAUCUCAGUACCAUUGAACAUCAACUCAACCUCCAACCGCCUACCAGUAUGCUCUUCAACACCCUCUUCAACUAUCGGAAAGUGAAACGCUCGGGUCCCAAGCCAGUCAUGAAUCUCCGACCGAUUCUCAAGCAAGACCCUCACGAGCAACAAAUUAUUAUCAGCUUUAACGAAGUUGGUGACGCUGACUCAUUGGAUGCGGCUCUGACUUAUUAUGGCGGUAUACACUCUGCUGGGAGUGUUCAACAGAUGGCAAAGUCUUACACGAAAAUCAUUGCAUCUUUGAUUGAUAGAGAAUGUGAGAGUGUGGAGCAGCUCCUGGAUCAUGUGUCAGAUAAGAAAGCUACGUUCUUCGCCGUAUAA